AGUAGGUUAGGGACAAAGAAGGAAAGCAAGUUGGCACAAGGGAAAAGGCCGGGGAAUGCCAGUAUCACAAGUGUUUCACUCCGUACUAUAUAUUCAUCAGACCUGAGAGAGAGAGAGAUAGAGACAGAGCCAGAACACAAGAAUUUAACAAACCUAUCUUCUUCUUCUUCUCAUUUCGAAGCUUUCAAAUUUGUUCCCAUUAUCUGAUCUGUGUCUAAAAAGAAGACAAACAAACAGAAAUACAAUCAUGGCAACUAGGUCGUCGGAAAUAGCUCCCCGGAACUGCGGGCGGAGGAAGACCAAAGCGGCGGUGAACGAGUCUGCAGCUGCGGCGGCAAGGAAGAAAAAGAAGCAGCCUCAGAGAGGUAAGGGCGUUGCUGAGCUUGAACGGCUCUUGAGAGACCCGAGCUUGAAGAAACUGACUGCGACGUCGUCCAACCCCACCCACCGUCAUACCACCAACCUCGUCAAUGUAACAGUACCUCCACUCUCCUCCGUCGUCUUCUCCCCGGCAGCCGCCGUGCCUGCGGCGGCAAUGAGCAACGACGGCAUUAUUCGCGCUAUGCCUCUUCACUUUCCCAAGCUUCUGAGCCCUUAUGGCUGCUACAAUUACGGGGAAAUAUUUCCUUCUUCUUAUGCCCAUCAUCAGCAUCAUGAUCUGUACGGAUUCAGGGGGUGCUCUGCUCCUAAUAAUCCAAACCUUUUCAACGUGAUCCAUGAGAAGAACUCUAAAGACCUCUCUUCAGCACCGAACUUCGCCUUCAACCGCUGCCAUCUCUGUCAUCAGAGUGGGGUGGCAGUGGAGAGGAAGAAGAAGAGGAGUUCAUCAUUAUCAUCAAAAGGAGUGGUAGAGUAUGACUUUUUCCCAGAGAAAAGCAGGAGUUUGUAUGAUGAUGAUGAUGAUAUGGUGAUGAUGAUGAGCAUGAUGAGUGCUCCUACUCCUACUACUACUAGACCUUCAUCUUCAGAUGUGGCAGCCAUGGCCUCUACUAGUGAUGGAUCUUCCUCAUCCACCACAGUUGACCUGUCCCUUAGGCUUUCUUACUAGCUAGCUAGCAGAUGAUCAGAUCAGAUACAGCAAAACAAAAACAGAAAAUUAAUUAAGUGGACUCAGCUCAGCUCGCUGUUUUUUGUCUUUUCACAUUUUGGUGAAAUGGAGCAAUUCAAGAACCCCAAACACUGCUUUUUUCUUUCCCUUUUUUUGUGCAUCCACUAUCACUCGCCAAGAUGGAGCAAUACAGUUUCUGGGUUUUUAGCCUCAAGUCUGGGUUUCUAUCUCUGUUGCGUAAACAUUUGUGUCAGUGAGAUGCUUUAAUUUGUUAUAGAUUUCCAGCUUUAGUUUUGUGAUUUUAUAAUUAUAUACUACGGAGUAUGUAUUAGUCUCUUUGUUUUUAUUCAGUUUGAAAUUUAGUUAAUACGGAAUAGGACCGGAUCCAAUCCUCAUAUAUAGUCAUAAAUCUAGCUAGCCCUAGCUUUUGUUCGAUCUAAAAAUCUGAGUACCUAGCUAGACCCACGGUUAAAUAUCGGUCAGUCUAUUUGGCUCUAGGUCUAACUUAUUUCAUCACCUUAUUCUUAAAAACAGCAUUUAAUCAAUGAUAUUCUAUUAAUAUUUUAAAUAGUCUUACAAUAAAAUAAUACUCUUAUUCACAAAAAAACACUAAUCUCUUUACUUAGAUUAUAUUUUGUUUAUAAUUUAUGAGCUACUCCGUAUAUAUUUAUACUAUGUAUUAUUGUACGAUCAAAAUAUUAUGUAUCCAUUAAUAAAUAUUAUUAAAAGUAAUAAAAAAUAAAAGUCCAAUAAAAAUGAAAACAACUUUGAUUGGUGUACAAAUAAGUUGUACGGAGUACAGACUUUGUAUAGACUGUAACACCGCCCCCGAGUAUUUGUACUGUACCAAAUCAUGUAUUGAAUCCUGAGAUAUGUAUAAAAG